AAUAUAAUCAAUCAUCUUCAUCAAAACUGAAUGAGUAGAUAAUAAUCACCUCUAUUAGCAGCACAACACAGGUAAGUAAAGUAAGAACUUCCUUCAAAGUUCUUUCUCUACAAGCUUAUCAUCUACUCCAAUAUCCACUUUUGUUUCAGAUUUCCCAACUUAAAAUUGUACUAUAUAUUCUGUGUUAUCUGAGGCAACAUAAACAUAGUUAAUUUUAAACUGUUCUUUCCUCCUCUUGUUCCUCUUCUGAUUUGAUGAAACUACACAACAGUUUUGUAAAAUAUCAGUAAUAAAAGAAAAAGUUAAAAAGUGUGAUAAAUCAAUAGGGUAGGUUGGGUUAUGGAUAUUUAUGCCUAUGGGGCAUAUUCUCGAUGAUAAUAAAUGGGGUAGGUUUUGUUGUAAUCUUGUGGAGAAAUAAAUAUUUUCAGUCCUGUUAUAUACCGACAUUUUCUCUAGAAGCUUAUGAUUUUCAUAACCAAACAGAGCAAGCCAAAUCAGAGAUUGCUUGCUGUGAAAGUUCAUGAAGACUCUCAUGAACUUUCCUACAACAGGCUUCCAUUCUUUAUCUGUAUUUAUUAAAAUAAUUUGUAGCUUUCAGUUUUUUAGUUCGGUUUCUGUCUUUCUAGUUUGGCUUAAAUGCAUUUGGUGCCCCUGAUGUUUCAGGUUCGUGCAAAUGAUACCCUCCAUCUAUUUUUGUCGACGUUUGUACCCUCGAUGAAACAAAAUAGUGUAGUGAGUACCCCUCCGUCAGUUCAACGUUAAAAAACUAACGGAAGGUGCUGACGUGGCUUUUUUAUUUAUUUUUAUGUGGAAAUUACAUUUAAAAUUUUAAAAAGAGGGAGAGGAAAAAGGAGAGGGUGGGGGGAUUCGAACUCAGGAUCUAUAAGUGGCAAAACACAACCCUAACCAGUUGAGCUACACAAAGAAUUGAUAUAUAAUGCAAUACAAUUUUAUUUAUAUCUUUAUUUCGUCAUUUUCUUCUCACCAACACAGUUCUUCUCCCUUUUCCUUUCCCUUUCACGCUGCCAUUUCUCCUUUCCCUCUCCUCUUCAUGUUUUCCUUCUCUUGGUUGUGUCUUCUUCUUCACCUUAUCACCACCGUCACCGUGUUCCUUCCAAAGUUUCUUCUCCUUCAAAGGACAACACCAUGAAACUUACCCAAGCUUUGUCCUCCUCAACCCAAGAUCAGAUUUGGGCUUGGAGUUACCCCCACUUCCGCCAGUGGCCGACCACCACCACCACCACUGUGAGUUCAUCUUCUUCAUUCGUCUCCGGCGAGACCGCCACCAACACCAUAUUCGUUGCACUUGAAUCGGCUAAAAAACCCCACAAAAUCAUCAUUCCCGUCUACCCAAGUGAAGAGGAACGACCAGAAAUGCCUCUUGGAUGUCUCACGGCCGCGAUCUGGUCGUUCACCGACGAACCAUCCGACCUGUAACUGCGAUUUCCUGGAAAACCGUUGAGAAAUUGGAGAAACGGAUGCCACCACCGUGUUCCUGGCCACGAAAAGAUGGAGAACCAUUACACUUUUCCCCCCCGGCGACAUCUCCGACGCGGGCCACCAUCCUUACCGGCGACACUUCGCCGGAAAAUCUCCAGAAUUGCGUUUUGAUAUAGCCUACCAGAACUAGUGAUUCAGAUGGGAUUGUCCCAAAAAAUGAAGAGAGUAGUCUCGCUCAUAUCUUCUCAGUGCUUUGUGUUCCUUCUACUCAAGUUUUUACUACUAUCAGCAACUGUAAUGGCAGAACCAAGGGCCAAGACAGUCCAGAUAACAUGUGCCAAACAAUUGGAGCACAACACCACUAUCUUUGUUCCUAAUUUUGUUUCCACAAUGGAGAAGAUCAGUGAACAGAUGCGCACUGAUGGCUUUGGCACGGCAGUCGCGGGGACAGGACCUGAUACUAACUAUGGCCUUGCCCAGUGCUAUGGAGAUCUUUCAUUACUUGAUUGUGUGUUGUGUUAUGCUGAGGCACGCACGGUUCUUCCUCAGUGUUUCCCUUACAACGGUGGUCGCAUUUACCUUGAUGGUUGCUUCAUGAGGGCUGAGAACUAUAGUUUCUUUAAUGAGUAUACAGGACCAGGAGACAGAGCUGUGUGUGGGAACACAACUAGGAAGAACUCAACUUUUCAAGCAGCGGCGAAGCAGGCGGUUUUAAGUGCAGUUCAAGACGCACCCAACAAUAAAGGCUAUGCAAAGGUGGUCGUUGCUGUUUCAGGAACAGCAAAUGAAUCUGCUUAUGUUCUGGCUGAUUGUUGGAGGACUUUGGACUCAAGCUCUUGCAAAGCAUGUCUUGAGAAUGCAUCUUCGUCCAUAUUGGGGUGCUUGCCCUGGUCAGAAGGGCGAGCACUCAACACUGGGUGCUUCAUGAGGUACUCGGACACAGAUUUUCUUAACAAAGAAGCAGAAAACGGAAGUUCAGGAGGUAAUGUAAUGGUGAUAGUUGUUGCAGUAGUCAGUUCGGUGGUUGUUACGGUGGUAGGAGUCAUUAUUGGGGCUUAUGUCUGGAAACGAAGAUACAUUCAAAAGAAACGAAGAGGUUCUUAUGAUCCAGAUAAGUUAGCAAAGACUCUUCAGCAUAACAGCUUGAACUUCAAGUACUCUACAUUGGACAGGGCUACUGGAUCUUUUCAUGAGAGCAACAAGUUAGGGCAAGGAGGAUUUGGAACAGUAUAUAAAGGAGUUCUAGCAGAUGGAAGAGAGAUUGCUAUCAAGAGGUUAUAUUACAAUAACAGACAUAGAGCAGCAGAUUUCUACAAUGAAGUCAACAUAAUUAGUAGCGUGGAACACAAGAAUCUAGUCAGACUAUUAGGAUGCAGUUGCUCAGGACCUGAAAGCCUGCUUGUAUAUGAAUUUCUGCCGAACAAAAGUCUCGAUGGUUUCAUUUUUGACAAAAACAAGGGCAGAGAACUGAACUGGGAAAAGAGAUAUGAAAUUAUCACCGGAACAGCUGAAGGAUUAGUUUACCUGCAUGAGAACUCCAAAGUCAGGAUAAUUCACAGAGACAUAAAAGUCAGCAACAUCCUACUGGAUGCAAAGCUUCGUGCUAAAAUUGCAGAUUUUGGUUUGGCUAGGUCCUUUCAAGAAGACAAGAGCCACAUAAGUACAGCUAUUGCUGGAACUUUGGGGUACAUGGCUCCAGAGUACCUAGCUCAUGGUCAGUUAACAGAAAAGGUAGACGUAUAUAGUUUUGGUGUGUUACUGCUAGAGAUAGUUACUGGUAGACAGAACAACAGGAGCAAGGAAUCAGAGUAUACAGACAGCUUAAUUUUAGUGGCAUGGGAGCAUUUUCAGACAGGGACUGCAGAACAAUUAUUUGAUCCAAAUAUAGAGUUGCAUGAGGCCCACAAUGGCAAUGUUAAGAAUGAGAUUUUAAGGGUGAUUCACAUAGGACUUCUAUGCAUCCAAGAGAUCCCUUCAUUACGGCCAACUAUGUCAAAGGUGUUACAGAUGCUAACAAAGAAGGAGGAGCUUCUUGUUGCUCCCUCUAAUCCACCCUUCUUAGAUGAGAGUACCAUGGCACUCCAUGACACAAGUGGUGACCCAUUGUACCCUCUUAAUGCAGAUGAUUCAAUAGCUACUAUGGCCCAUAGCUCUUUUUAUGCCAGGUGACCAUGACAGAGCAGAGAAAACCACUCCACACAGAAAGUGUGCAGAACAGCUUAACUUUGUGGUCGGCAAAUAACCUGGCCUGGCUCAGACCUGUGAUACUGAAUAUUGCUAACUAAGUAACUAUGCAUACUGUUACGAAAUGCAGACAAUGUAUACUGUAUAGUGUCAUGACUGAAAUUUAUUAUGGAAUUUUAGAAUAAUUUGAUAUGUAACAGCUCCUAAAUGUUAAAUUUUGGUACAGCUAUUCUUUUCUUCA